AUGAAGAAGGGUGAGGUGGCCAAAUUCACCAUUGCUCCAGAACACGCCUAUGGUGACACAGGAUCGCCCCCAAAGAUCCCGGCAAAGGCCACACUCAUCUUCGAGGUGGAGCUUCUUGAUUUCACCAACAAGGAGGAUCUCUUUUCAGAUGGAGGCGUCCUCAAGGAGAUGAUCAAGGAAGGUUUGGGCUGGAAGGUGCCCCGGAUGCACACGGAGCUGAAGAUCGCGCUCAAGGUGUGCAGGUUGGAUGGGAGCGUGAUCGAAGACAAGGGGUCGUUUGAGUACACAGUGGGUUCUGAUGUGCUGGGGCCACUUACAAAAGCUGUGGACAAGGCAUUGUUUCGAAUGAAGAAGGGCGAAAGGUGCAAGUUGCACUGCUCGAAGGACUAUGCAUACGCAGAUGCUCAUCCAGAUGGUGUUGUUCUUGAUCUAGCUAUUGAGGAGCUGUACGAAGUCAACGACAUCUCCCUUGCCAAGGACAAGUCGCUGAUGAAGAAACAGAUCAAAGAGGGUGACGGCUAUGAGCGACCAAAGGAGUGUUCCAAAGUGUCAGUGAAAGUGGAGGCUGCUACGGAUGGCUUGGCAACAUUGCCUGGCUUUUGCUCCAAGACUCUUGAGUUCGUGGCUGGCGACGGAGAGGUUUGCGACGCGAUUGAGCUGGCCGUUAUGGACAUGAAGAAGGGAGAAACAGCGGUCCUCACCUCCAUGUCUCCACUUCUCUGUAAGGAGCCACAGCUUGGCUUGGAGCAGAUUGCAGCAGACAAGGUGGUUCUAACUUUGGAGCUCUCCGCCUUCGACAAGGUGAAGGACACUUGGGACAUGUCAGAGGAUGAAAAGGUUGAUUAUGCUUUAGCGCGCAAAGAGGUGGGUGGGAAGCUCUUCAAAGCGGGCCGAUAUCUGCUUGCGAUGGAGCGGUAUAAGAAAGUCGUGGACAUGUUCAGCUACAUUGACAACUAUCAGGCAGAAAACAAGGCAAAAGCAAACGAUUUGAAGAAGGUCUGCAUCCUGAACAGAGCCGCAUGCCAGCUGAAGAGCAAGCUCUUCACAGAUGCCAAAGCCUCCUGCAAUACGGUCCUAAAGGAUGAUUCGACAAACCUGAAGGCCUUGUUCAGACGGGCGCAGGCGGAGCUCGGUCUCAAGAACUUCGGUGACUGCAGCAGAGAUGUGAAGCGCGUGCUGGAGCUGGAUCCACAGAACAAGGAAGCAAGGGCGCUGGCAAAGGAUGCUGCAUCGGGUCAGAAAGAGGAGGACUGCGGAAGUCUCUCUUGUAAAUCUCUGCUUCAAUUCAGCCUUCCCGCACAAGUAUAG